CAACUUUUAAUUAUUACGAUUACGAUUACGUUUACGACAAUGAGACGGACGAUGGGGACCUUGUCAGUCCUUGUGAUUUUAACCAUGUCAAGUCCCUGGAAGCUCGGCUAUCCAUCCUCUUCUACUUUAUGUUCAUCUUCAGUCUCUUUGGCAAUGGGCUGGUCCUGUUCAUCAUCCAUCGGUUUGAGAAGCUGACCACUGUGACCAACAUCUUGUUUCUGAACCUGAUGUUCUCCUCCGUGUUCUGCAUGAGCAGCCUUCCUUUCCGGGCAGUCUACAUUCAGCGCUCCGAUUGGAUCUUUGGGGAGGCCAUGUGCAAGAUUGUUGGCAGCCUCUACUACCUGAGCUUCUACAGUUCUGUCCUCUUUCUAACUCUUUUGACCUUCGACCGACACCUUGCAGUUGUAUACUCCACGGGCGCAUGUCAAGUGAGAAACCAAAGGUAUGCAGUGAUCUCCUGCGCUGUGGUGUGGCUGGUCAGUGGCUUGGCAUGCAUCAGGCCGAUGAUUCUCCACAAAACCUUUAAGGUAAUGGGUAAUUUAACAAACUGUGAUGAAUAUCAUGGUAACCUAGGUAAUAUUAAUAUGCCGCUGCUGAAACAAUCUGGAUUUUAUCUCCAGCUUAUCCUCUUUUUGAUCUUUCCUCUGGUUGUUAUUAUCUACUGCUACCUUAGGAUUGCUAUCACUGUCAUGUCAUCCACGAUAGUUAAAAAGUUCAAGAUAGUCAGGUUUAUAUUUUUCGUUGGGAUUUUUUUCAUUUGUUGGACCCCAUUCAACAUUAUAGAGCUGAUAAUUAUAAAGCUUCACGACGAAUCCCGCAGCUGUGAGGGAUCGAAGAAGUUGUUUUAUGCUCUUGAAGUCACUCGUGUCAUGGCAUACGCUUACUUUUGCAUCACUCCCAUCUUCUACAGAUUUGUUGGGAAAAAGUUCCAGAGCUAUUUCAAACAACUGCUGGUGAAAUGUUUCCCAGGUUAG